UCGAUGAAACGUAAGAAGUGAUGGAGGACAUUUCGUGAUUGGAUGUAAUCUUUGUGGACAAAAUCUAUUGUUUUUCACAGCAGAAGAGGAUUUAUUCUCCUGUUUUAAGUCUGAUGUGAAUCAGCUGACAGUAUGGGGGUACUGCUGGUCCUUGCUGUCAUACAAGCGCUGACAGUCGCAUUGGCGUCUGGAGAGUGCCCGGUGGUGUGCGAGUGCCCAGCCGGGGCCCCGUCCUGUCCACCGGGGGUCAGUUCCGUGGCGGAUGGAUGCGGCUGCUGCAAAGUGUGCGCGGCACAGCUCAACCAGGAUUGCCACGAGGGGCAACCCUGCGACCACCACAAAGGCCUGGAGUGUAACUACGGCAACGACGUGGGCCGUACUCACGGCAUCUGCAGGGCCAAGGCAGAGGGCCGCUCCUGUGAGUACAACGGGCGAAUCUACCAGAAUGGUCAGAACUUCCAUGCCGGUUGCAAGCACCAGUGCACCUGCAUCGACGGGGCAGUGGGCUGUGUGCCCCUCUGCCCCAGCCAUUUGCCCUUGGCUUCCCCUUCCUGUCCCGCUCCACACCUGGUCAAGGUGCCGGGCCAGUGCUGCCUCAGCAUCCACUGCCACAAGGGCUCUACCGUGGUCCAACCGUACCCGCCGUACCCCUUCAUGCCGUACCCUUACCCCAAACCCUACCAGAAACUGUAUCCCUACAAAGCCAAGACUGACCUGGACGCCCUGGGGAACGAGCUGGUGGAGGCGGGCCGCAGAUGGGACAAAGCGCGUGGCCACAAGCACCUGGCGGCGUGGCGACAGGUGGGAGAUGAGUGCGUGGUCCAGACCACCUCCUGGUCCCAGUGCUCUCGCAGCUGCGGGAUGGGCGUUUCCUCUCGCGUGACCAACGACAACGCCGGCUGUCAGCUGGUCAAGGAAAGGCGUCUGUGCAACAUCCGGCCCUGCAGCUCCAUGUCCAUCCCGCUCAAGAAAGGCAGGAAGUGCUCCCGAACCCACAAGGCCCCCGAGCCGCAGCGCCUGUCCUACGCCGGCUGCAGGAGCACUCGCCUGCACCGCCCCAACUACUGCGGCGUCUGUCGGGACGGCCGAUGCUGCUCGCCUCGCCGCACGCGCACCGCCGGCGUCACCUUCGCCUGCCCGGACGGCGAGCGCUUCACCCGAUCCGUCAUGUUCGUCCAGUCGUGCAAGUGCAGCGACGAGUGCAACCACCUCAACGAGGCGGCCAUGCCGCCGCAGCGAUGGCUCUACGGAGACACGCACAAGUUCAUGGACUAGUUCCUCUGCGUACUAACUCUGCAGUCGUAGAAUAGUGUCCCCAUUAUCUAGGAGUAGAUACAUCUUCACCAGCUCUGCUUUAGUGUAGAUAAAAAAAAAGAAGCUGACAUUUUGUGGAUGGAGACGCCAAACUGAGACUUUUACAUGGGUGGGGGGGUCCUGUCAUGUCACGUCCUGUGAAUAGCUGACACACACAAACCAUCAACCAUAGAAAGCCCCCUCUUUGGGUAUUUAUUGUGGGGGGUCACACAUGUUUGGAGCCUCAACGGGACUAAACAGCUGAGAGCUGUCAGCCAUUGAAGGGGUUUGACCCCCCGGGUCCAAUCAGAGGCCCUAUCUAGGAGACGGAUGAUGAAGAGGUCAAAGGUCGUUGACACAGCUGGACGCACCCCCUGCUUUUGUCUACGCGAGAACCCCAGGCGUUUAGCCGCAGGCCGGGGAUUCUGGCGUCGACAAGUCCAACCGCCAAAUUACAAUCCCGACUCCAAGGAAGCGGCAGGAGAGGGUUGCUAUAAAAAUAAAAAAGGGAAAACCGGGGCGCUGAGGUAAACCCCUCAUUUGGGACGCCAGGGCGGAACCGCUCGGCCUGUCAUCAAGCAGCUCCAGUUGGAGGCUGAGUCAUGAAGAACAUGAGUCAUACUUCUUAGUGUUGUGAGAGGCAGCGGGUCAAAGCUGAACCAUUUCUUCCAAAGCAUUUCUACUGUAAAAGACAUGAAAUGAAAAAUACUAUACUUCUGGAUGCUGUUGCUGCGUAUCGCUUUGGUGUCGCGGGAGCAACAAACUUCCAUGCUUUUGUUGAUGUGCCAAAACUUUUUUCACAGACAUAGUCCAUGUCAAGUAUAUUUGAGCACUGAGAUGUUCACAUCCUUCAUAUGCAAACUCAAAAGGAUUCUACAAGUGUACAUAAUAAUUACAGCAUGAUUUGACUUGUGUAUUCCAUUAAAUACUUCUACAUAAAGUCAC